GCGUCAUUUCUUUCCGGUUAGCUUGCCACUUCUGUCACCAGGUAGGAGGAAGUCCUUGUUCGGCGAAGUAGCCUCCCAAAGACAAGUUAUACCUGAAUAAAACCACGGUCCGGAGUUAAACAGAGUAUGGAAACGAGUAGACAACUUCAGACGGCAGCCGGAGAUGCCUCUGGACCAGAUGAGGAGGCCAGAAAGGCAGCUGCAGCCAAGGCGGCUAACCGCCUGCCUGAAGUUCGUCUGGUGAUGCUGGGCUGGAGGUGGCCGGGGAAGAGCCUGACUGGAAACACCAUCAUAGGCCGAGAGGAGUUUCGCUUGGAGCGAGCAGCUGAGUUCUGUGUGAAGAGACAGGCGGAGGUGUUGGAGCGGCAGGUGACUGUCGUGGACACUCCAGGCUGGUUUUCCGCCCAGGAUACACCACCCUCCUAUAAAGAGGAGCUAGUGAGGGGAGCAUCUCUUUGUCCUCCAGGUCCACACGCCUUCCUGCUUGUCAUCCCUGUGGGCAUGUUCACGGAGGUCGACCGUGCUCGCAUUGAGGAGCACGUGAGCCUCUUUGGUGAGCGUGUGUGGAAGCAUACGAUUGUGGUUUUCAGCUGGGCGGAGGUGUUGAGGACCAUUUCAAUCGAGAGGUAUAUUCGCAGGGAGGGCAAGGACUUGAAAUGGGUGCUGGAAAAGUGUAAGCGAAGGUAUUUUGUCAUUAACAACUGCAUAUUCGGGGAGCAUCCCCAGGUAGGACGCUUGCUGGAGAGAGUGGAGAAGAUGGUGGCAGAGGAGGGGGGCUACUACAUCCCAGAGGAGGUGGAGAAAGAGAAGAAACCUCUGGAUGAGAACCAGAAUCCAGCCAGGGAGGUGCGGGAGCUGGGGGCUCGACCCAAACAGAAAUCAAGCCUGAGCUUGUCAAAUGCCAUGGAGGUGGAUCCGCUUUCCAAUUAACAAGACACUCUUGGCUGUUGGACCCUCUAAACCACGACUAACGGAGCCGCUUCCUUACUGUACUGAUGGUAAAUCUGCUUAUUUGACAAAAAAGGAAAAAGGGUAAAUAACAAAUUUUACUGAAUGUACAAACGUGGUUUAUUUUAUUUAUUUUUUUAAUCAGACAUAUUACUGUUUUAGUUGUGUGCGUUCUUUAUGCUCUUCUCACGUUGAUUAUAUGAGAGGCCUUUGACACAUAAACACCCUUUUUUCAUGCUGUUCAAAGAUUUAUACUCCCGUUUUAACAUAUAAUGAAAUUUCGAUCUUUAUAAUGAACUUUUGUUCAUAGAUUUGUAAUACUGUACGGUUGUGUGAUUUAAUCUAAAACAAGGAAGCACAAACUGUUACACAGGUAAUUGUCACUCCUUAGUCAUGGUGGAUACAAAUGGCAGAACUGCACUACUAAAUUGUUACUAUAAUAUUAUGUCUGACUGUUGAGGGAAUUGCUUUUUUAAUGAUUCCCAUUUGUUGUGACCAAACUAUAAAUGCUUUUCUCAUGCUGCAAUGUUUAUUACACUCUCAGUGUGUACAGUUAUAAAGCACUUGAGCAGUUACUGAUUGUUGUCUGUUGGCUGUUGCCUUAAAGGAGUUAUUUUGUUUCCCUUAAAUUGAUCUUUCCGUUGUUUAUAUCACUUUGUGGCAGAGGGAUAUGUUUGAGGCAAGGAUGUGCUACCACGGAGAGCUGCAAAGAUUAGUCAAUUAAUCAAUUAGUUGAUCGAUAGAAAAUUAAUCUGCAGCUAUUUUGAUAAUCGAUUAAUUGUUUAAAUCAUUUUCAAAAAUGGCAAAUAUUCACUUGUUCAAGUUUCUCAGUUGUCACUUUUUGCUGAUAGUAAAUGAAAUAGUGUUGGUUGAACAAAACAAGAACUUUCAAGACAUCUUUGGCUUUAGGAGACCACGAUGGGUAUUUUCCCCUAUUUUUUCACAUUGACAAUAAAACAUUUUGACAUUUUAUAGACCAAAGGAUUAAUUGAGAAAAUAAGCAGCAGUUAUUAAAUCGAUAAUGAAAAGCCUUACUACCAUGUGCAGAGUCAACCUUAUAACCUCCUCACACAGAUACACUGAGAGAAAGAUUAGAAAGUCAGUAUAGAGGUGCUGGAAAGGUGAGUUCAUUUACUUUUAUUAAAGUGUCUGAAUGUAGCUUGAAGCAGUUACUUUCCUACGUGUUAUAAGUACUUCUUUAGAGUGCACCUUCACUACAGUUGGUGCUGUAUUUCUUGCAGUCUAUAGAAGCAGGGUUCACUGUCUCAGUGAUGAAAGUGUAGCUAUUUCUACAGGACACGAGAGGUUUCAAGGGGGUCUGACAUUUCCAUCCAACAAAAAGCUAGAAAGGCUGUACACAAGGACAUUGGCAUUGUGUUGUCUUCCUCCACCAUCAGCUAUGCAAGCAGCAUGUAAGACUCUCCAACUUGUUUGUUACGGUGUACUAUUAUUGGAUUGUGGUGGUCACCAUCAGGUAAGCCUGCGUUAAGAGAAAUAUUGGCAUAUUAUAGAAGAGAAUAACCACAUUAAGGGCUCGUGUAGCUCCUUUUCAAGGGAAGGGUGGUUCUGCCUAACGGAGUAGAGUCAGCUGCUCUGGACAGACCCUCAAAUCCUCCACAAGGAGGUGUGUAACUGCUUUUUAUAGUGCCUUGAUACCUCACCCCUCUUUUGUGAGCCGCACUGACAACCAGAUGAAUCAGGUAGUGUUACACCACCAUCGGAGUGGCCCUGUUUCAGGAAAUACACAGCAACAAUGGUUACAUAUUGUAGUUGGGUACCAUGGUUGUGUGACCCAGUUGAAUCCUUGCCUUGAACAUAUCCUUCUGCUGCAGAUCAGUUCACAUAUACCCGUGAUUUAACAGUUUUACUUGGGACUCUAGUUUUAGUUAACCUGGUGAAAUGUGGGUGUGAAUCAAGUACUAAUAACAUCGCUAGAGUGGCUGUGAGUUUCAAGGACCCUGAUUGAGAAUGACUGCCUUCAGUCUUUUGUAAAUGUCACAGAUCAGUUCUCACUCUUGGCUCUCAGGACCCAGAUCUGCUGGUUUUCCCUCUAGUCGUCAAAUCUGAACCUAUUUUUACUGAGACACCUGGUGAAUGCAAUCACCGAGAUGGUCAGAUAUAGAAAACCAUCAAGGCCCUGAUAGCCAGGAUUUAAAACAACUGACUUACAUCCUUUUUUAUCGUAGGAAUGCUGAAAAUACUGUAGAUCUGUUUCUCUAUAGCGUGAAUCUGUUUAUACUUAUUAGAGAGUACAGCAAACCCAAUGCUAUAUACUAAGAUAUGCAGUAUGACUAUUUCACCCAGUGUGGGCAAAUACAGACACGUUUGUUGACACAGAAAUAUGAGACGGGAAACAGGCCUGCUGUAGAGCUGUUAUACACUGGUCCCUAAAGGACUCAAUAUUACUGAUUUUUUUUUUUUUUUUUUAAAUUUUCGGUUCAGGGGUUUGAUUAAAAACAUGUCAUGAAAAAGGACUUUAACUCUGAAUAAUCACAAUUAUUAGCACUGCUACAGAUGUGGGUCAUACUGUAUUUGCUUAAAUGUCACUUGGUAACAUUUUCAGUCAUAAGACAUCUGGCAAUCAGCACUCUGAUAUGAGUUUUCAAAGCAACAUGGAACAACUAAUCCACCAGUGGAAAAAGCAGCAGAAUUAUUUAAUAUAUAAAGGGGAAGAGUUGCAAAAUAAGGUCAGGACAUGGCAGACGUGAAGUAUAUACAAAUUCUGCUAAUAUAACCCACCUUUGUAGCAGUGGUUGUAAUGGUGAUUUAGUUACUUUCAAAGUAAUCAAGUUACUCUUAAGAAAUUAAUGAGCGAAGCAGCUUCGUCUCUCUGGGCUUCUGCUGUACCUUUUGUAAACCUGCAACAUGUCUUUUUAGCCGACACUGUUUACAGUAGAUUUGCUUGUUAAAGAUGGAAUGGCUGUAUUUUAACAGGAGCUGCACUGUGCUGUUUUUCUAUUACAUUCAAAUAAAUGUAUAUUUUGAUCAAA